AUGUCCGCGGUGCGUGUGCUGCGCCUGGGGCCGGUGCCGUACGCGCAUGCGCUGCGGGUGCAGGAGCGCUGCGUGGCGGCGGCUCGGUCAGUCGCGGCCGAGAGCCUGGUGCUGAGCGAGCCGGUGGGGCCUGUGUAUGCCUGGGGCCUGCGGGGCGCUCCGGGCCCGGCCGAGGCCGCGGGGCUGCGGGCCCGGGGAGCGGAGCUGCUGCCGGUGCGGAGAGGAGGGCACGUCACGUUCCACGGCCCCGGGCAGCUCUUGGCCUUCCCCGUGCUCCACCUGAGGCGCCGCCGCCUCCCGCUGCGCCGCUACGUGGGGGCCUUGGAGGAGCUGGGCCUCAGGCUCUGCCGCGGACUGGGCCUCGGGGAGGCCCGAGCGCUACCGCCGCCGUUCACCGGUGUCUGGGUGGGGGACUGCAAGAUAUGUGCUAUAGGGGUGCACUGCGGCAGCCACAUCACAUCGCACGGGCUGGCACUGAACUGCUGCACCGACCUCAGCUGGUUCGAGCACAUCGUGCCCUGCGGGCUGGAGGGGAAAGGGGUCACCUCACUGAGCCAGGAGCUGGGCCGGCACAUCCCUGUGGAGCACGUCCUUGAGCCCUUCCUUGACUGCUUCAGAGAGGUCUUUGACUGCACCUUGGUCUUUUCGGAGGAGCCUGGGGACUAAAGAGAGCUGCAGUGGGAGCUGUGGUGAACCUGUGUGUCCUGGCAUGAAGCAAUGGUGAUGGAGCCACUUGGGGUGUUACUGCAAAGUGCCUUUGCCUGCGGUGGUGCGGAGAGGAUCAGGCUGUUGCUUGAACAUCCAAACGUCCAUGGAUUGAGAGCUCCAUGGGUACCACAUCCCUGCUGCACCCUGGGGAGAUGCUCAAAUCAUCAUAGAAUAGUUAGGAUUGGAAAGGACCUCAGGAUCAUCCAGCUCCAAUCCCCCUGCCGUGGGCAGGGACACCUCACACUAAACCAUAUCUAUAGGUGCUUUUGUGGGUUUAUCUCUGCCUCUUUUCUCCUAAAUAUCCCAGAUUUAGGUGAACGCUCACACCCCCUAUGGAUGAGAAGAAAGGGGUUGAGCAUCCUUCCCUCGCCACUGCGGAAAGAGGCAGAUUUUCUAUAAAGAGACUUUCUGGGAACUUC